GCAGGAGCUGGCUGUCAACCUCCCCCACUGGCUAGACGAUUGGUAUGUUCCGGGAUGGAAGCAACUCCUUCCAGCAUCCUUCAUCCUUCAGGUGCUAGUGGUCCAGACAGGCAGUGCUAACGCUGUAUCAUUUGGGACCAGCCCUUGAAGGACCUGAGGCCAGUCCUGACUCCCUUGUCAGGGAUUGCUGCUCUUCCUCUCUGAGACUGCUAUUUCUAUCAUCUGCAUCAGAAAGCACCAGGCAACAGGGUGAGACACCCACUUCAGCCAGAAGGUCUCUGUUUUCCUCAAAAUCCUUGUAUCUGCAGCCCACUAAAGCUUCAGAGACAGGAUGAAAGGAGAGACCCCCGUAAACAGCACCAUGAGCAUUGGGCAAGCCCGAAAGCUCGUGGAGCAACUCAAGAUAGAAGCCAGCAUGUGCCGGAUCAAGGUAUCCAAGGCAGCUGCUGACCUGAUGACAUACUGCGAUGCUCACGCCUGUGAGGACCCCCUCAUCACCCCUGUGCCCACCUCGGAGAACCCCUUCCGGGAGAAGAAAUUCUUCUGUGCACUCCUCUGAGCGCCUGCCCCCCACCCCCGACCCACCCUGUUGUCCCGGAAGCUGCCCCCCAUUGCAAACUCCGGCCCAUCCCCCGACGGUAUCAGAAGCACAAGUCAGUCCUAAGCCCCCACCCGUCCGCCCCGUCUCUCCUGCCACCCUGGACAGCUCCAAGAAGGGACAAGGCCGAGGGGGACUCGCGAGUGUCGCUUCUCUGCCUCGGCCCGGACUGCUGACCUUGGCACCGCCCUCCCCAGCAGGGCCGCGGACGAUGGAGUUGGGGAGAGGGCCAGGGCUCGACGGCCGAGCCUGGGGGUGUUAUGGGGAGGAGGAAUAAAGGAGCUCGCUCUCGGAGGG